AUGAAAGCACAAAGUAAAGAAGAGAAAAAAACAAACAGAGAAACAAAAUUCAACAGCUUCUGUUGCACUUCAGGCUUUCUCUUGUCUGUUGUAUGUUGUAUGGCACUAAUUCACGUGGAACUCAAACUUCAAGAACAUCAUCGAGUGAUAUCACAGUCAGCAACAUUCUGUGACCAGAUGAAGAAAGAAGUCCUCCAGGAAGUACAACAGAAUUACGAAAGAUGGCAAAUAAAUAAAGACAGGAACUCAGAAGGUACUUGGUACGAGGCACAAGGUAAGGUAAGCUAAGGUAAUCAUCUUUACACUCACUCCUGGAGAGGAGUACUCCCUUAUUCGGACUACAUACUCACUGUAUACUACACGUGCUGUGGGAUAGGGUAUGGCUUUGGAGGUGCUCGAUCAGUUCUUGAAUAGGGGAUUCUGCCUUGCUCGUGGUUCUUUAGUUUGGUGCUUAAAAUCUCAGUACCUCUAAAUUUUAAAAGCUGAUCUGCCUAAUACAUUUAAAAAAGGUUUUAAUCUGCGGCACAAGUAUCCCCCACCUCCGCCGAGAACCCUCCAAGCCGAGAUCGAACUAGUGACUAUUGCAAUAUUUUAGUUAAUGGUCAGUAUACAAGAACUGACACAUCGCCUCUGGUAAUACACAAAAUAUAUCAAACAUGGGAAAGAUCCUUUGUUUAUUUUUAGGAAUGUUAGGUUAAUCUUUUAUCCUUCUUAGCAGGCAUAUUAGAUGAUACCACAGGUCCGAGAUCAAGCUGAUUUCCGGGUUAUGAAAAGAUAUAAUUUGGUCUAUUAGUUGCAUUCUUUCUUUCAACACAUAUUCAAAGCAGAGAAAUGUUAAAGACACUGUGGACAACUCGUUGUUGACUUAAUUAACGUUGACAUCCUUCUUGUUACACAAUUUUGAACUGACCAAUAAAUUACGGAAACCACAGGUCCAUGAUCAAGCUGAUUUCCGGGUUAUAAAAAUGUUUAUUUUGACCUAUCAGUUCUAUUUUUCUAUAGAUAUUUUGAGCACAAUACUGUUAGCAAUUGAACAACAUGUUAUUGGCUUAAUUAACGCCGAUAUCCUUGCUGUUAUACUUUCUAGUAAAAGUUUUUGUGUCAUUCUUUUAAUUUCAAUGGGCGUAGGGGACUCACAGCCCAGUGGACUCCUUUUUUGCACGACACGCUUUCACGUGAGUGUAGUGUCACCGAUAAAGACUGUGAACGAUUUUAAGGGAGUCUCUUCAAUCUUGUUUUCAAGGUGAUCAUGAGAACAGCUCAAGACUGAAGCGUUCAUCACCAACUAAUUCCCAGCAAAAGUCAGUCCAAACAGCGGCUGAAGUAAAACUGCUGAUCAAGGAAGAACUUCGACUGCUGCAGAAACUAGUCUGUGCCAAAGAUGAAACGCUCUGUCGAUCAGGACCAAAAGGGAGCCGAGGACGACGGGGAAGACCUGGAACUCGAGGAAGACCCCCCAAUAGGACCUCGAGGAGCAAUGGGCGUGAAAGGUGA